CGAAUGAUUUCUUAGGAAAAUUGAUUGCAUGUUUCUUACUAUGCAUUCAUUCAAUUAUGCAUGUUCAAAUUUAACUAAAAUCCUUUUACGUUUAAUGUAAAGUUUUCUGUAUUGGCACUGAGGAGGAGAAAAAUCUCCCGCGAAGAAGUUACGAACAAUCCUUGAAGAACUGGUGCAAAACCCCUGACUUUUGAAAGAAGAAUUGAUCUGCUUGUAUUGCGUAUUGUUAAGUUAAUGAGAAACUGUGCACGCAAUGAUUCCUAUUCAUGAAAUGGCCAAAUCACACAUGGUUUAAUAUCUAGCGAAUUCCCUGUCAACUCUUCAAGGUUUGAUUAAUUAAAUUUUCUAAUUUGGCAAAACGAUAUGUCAUUACGACCUCAGAUCCAAAACGUGACAUCAGAGUUUCGGAUCGUAGCAAACUGACUUCGAACUACGAGAUCUGACACUGAGCUAUGGUGUGUGAACAACCAGCGAGUACAGUUCACAACAACGAAGAACACUGGAAACAAUGCGAACCAAAAGAAUGACCCUUUUCCUGCCGGGAUAAAAAAAAUUGUGAGAGGUUUUGAAGCAUAGCUUAACGGGAAGGAAGCUCAGGGCUCAAGCUAUUUUGGCAUCCAAUAGCAACUGACGAAAACCGCAAUAAACCAUUAUUCUUACGGAAAAUAAAAUGGUCAAAUUUAUUGUUGGACUUUAGAAAUUCGCUUACUUUGCGCUAAACUACAGGCGGAGCUUCUUUAUUACGUUCGAAUACAAAGCUAGCUAGCGGGAUUCCAUCAAUGAUACGCCAAACGCAAUACACAAGUUGGGAAAACAAUUUGCUUCGGUUUGAUUGGUAAACUAGAGCGGACCCCCUACAGAUCGUGUGUUAUUAUUGCGCGUGAGAAGUCUAUAUACAUCAAUAUACACCGCGAAAUACAAGAGAACAGCUGUAUCGCUCUACGCAAAACAUUAUACUGCCAUCGAGUUAUGUCCGAAGUUUAUCUUACACAAGAGUCUGGGUCAACUAGUGGAUAUACAUCUUUGAGAAUUGAAAUCACCGUAUCUCGGCAUUUGGCAUAGUUUAUUGAAAGUGAGAAGCAAUUAUCUUAUCAGGCGAAUAAAUAACGGACGCAAUGAUAAACCCAAUGUAUAGUAAGAGAGAGGACUCUCUAGGUCAUAAAUAUAUGACAAGCUACGUACGACAGACUCCUUCGAAGAACAACUCAUCGAAAUUUUUGCCGUUGUCGAUAGAGAAUAUUCUUGGCAGAGUUGAGAGUAACGAAAGAGACGAGGACAGCGGCAGCGAGGUCGAGAUCAAUAAGAACGAUGAAAAAAUCGACCAGACAGAAGAUGAUAUCGAGGUGGAUAUCGAAGGAGAAGAGGCGAAUAAAAUUGAGAGUGAAAAAGCCAAGCAGGACACUCAAGGGGAGCCGAGUACAGACAAACAAUCACCGUCAUACACAGCUAUCAUAGCCCAGGCGAUCCUAAGCUCGCCCGAUAAAAAACUUCCACUUGGCAGCAUAUAUGAGUACAUCGCUGAACAUUUUCCAGAAUUUCUAAAGAAGGGUCAAGGAUGGAGAAAUUGUGUUCGGCAUAACCUGUCGCUGAGUGAGUGCUUCGUCAAAGCUGGGCGUGCGAGAAAUGGACGAGGCAAUUACUGGGGCAUACAUCCACGAUACCUAAAGAACUUCAGUAAAGGGGACUUUAGGAAACGAAGGGCAAGUCAUAGGCCGCGAAACAGAGACUUGGGUAUCGGUUUGGGAGCAGACAGACUGCAUUAUUCGCAUUUUUUGAACCCCUUCAUUUACCCUACCACUCACCGUGUACCUACUGACGAACGGUCUUUCAGUGUGGAAAGCCUGCUAUCCCCUGAAAGAAGAGAGCAUUAUGAUCGGCAUUCGGCAUUCAAUAGCUACAAAUCAAGAACAGUCAAAUCGGAGGCUCACCGAAUACCAGGAAUUUAUUGUCCCUUGGGAACAAGUUGGUUGGAGCAUAAACCCUAUAGCGAGAACACUUAUCAUCCAUAUUCGGUACGGGAGCCACAACAGCCCGUCUGCUCCUGUCAUCUUUAUUGCUGUACAAGGGCAUAGGGUAUUGUGACUUAAUAAAUGAAAGAAAUAUCUUUCAUAUCUUAACUUGUUCCCGAAGGGAAAUUUCCAAGAGAGUUUCAUCUGAAAAUCAUAUUGAGCGAAGACUCUGGAGAACUUUAGUAAUAUAUAUUCAGGUUGGUCUGAUGAGACACAACAUGAAACAUGAUGUCCUCGACAGACCAUACAGGUGACAAAUCUACACUUCAAUUUAAUUUAGUUGUUUUAAAUCCUGUAUUUAAGAUGUUUAUGUACUUAAAAAUGAAUUUAUGUAGUUGGUGUUGGUGAAUUGUGAAUUUUUAACAACAAACAUUAAAUUUGUCAUUAUUUCCAUUAAUCGUUCUUUAAUCUGAAGAGGAGUCAUAAAUCGCCUUUUAAGAACUUUAUUAAGAUGAUAUUGUUUUCAAAAGAUAUUUGAAAUAUUUGCGCAAUAGAAGAAAAUUGGCAAUUACUCAGCAGUCAGGCAUCAGUCAUAAUUACAUUAACAGCAUUCACAAUUUCAAAAUAUUUUCAUUGACUGGUGAUAUUGUUUGCGUUGAGAUAUUAAAAUAUAUAUUCAUGCAUUGCCACAGCGUUUAAAUAUCAAAACGUAAAUUCAUCCAAUCAAUAAAAAGCGAAGCAUCUGGGUUUAAUUAAUUUUUCAAUUAAGAUAGGGAAUUUUGAAUACUUAUUCAGGUUAAAGGCAAAAUAAUUAGCUGUCGGCUUUAACUGCCAGAAAGUCCGCUUCGUUAAAGAAAAUUUGGUUAAUUUGUACAAAAAUUGGGAAACGAGUUUCUAAAGACGUGUUAUGACAAUACGUUUGUCUAAAACAAACUGCAGCUUGACUGAAGUGCUGGCUUAGAAAGUGUCGAAGUUGCUAUUAUGUGACCAAUUGAACAAGUUUGGCGUAAAGUUUUGCCGCAUCGCAUCAAACAUGUCGGGCAUCUGGUCCAGUAGAUACGGUAGCCCAAAGAUUCUCAAACAUUGACAGUUGAAGCAUACUUUAAGCAGAAACCCCGCCUUUUACUUUUCAAAAUUUGCAACAAAUCCAUUUUCAAAUCAUUCGCGUUUUGGCAAGAGAAAGGCAAGUAUUUUGUCUAGGGGUCUAAUCCGUCAACCUUUAAACUGAAAAGAAAUUGUAACUGGCGUCAAAGAAAUGUUUAUACGGAUCCAAAGUCGGAUCGGUUUGUGCCUGUACAAACACUAUAACACACGUUGUACGGAUGUACAAAUAUCGUUAUCUAUUGAGAGGGUGACAUGUUACUCGCACAAUUCUGAACAAAUAUAUACGAAACCAAAGAGAAGGUAUUAGCGCGUCUGGAAUCAAAACGAUAAAUGGAUCCGGACGGAAAAACAUUACUGCGGGCUUAAACAUCAGGCUACCGCUUAUUUCGGAAGAAUUAUAUUUCAAAUUGGGCUAUAUUUCAAUAUCAGUUGCAAAGAAUGUCUUUUCAAUAGGCGACAGUAUCGGAAAACUUCUAAGAUUAAUUGUUUAGAAUUCUUGUUCUCGGGCUUCCAAAUACAUAUCAGGUCUACUAAAUUAGCUAAGUUUUAGUAUCAAGAGUAAGGAAUCGCCUUUCAAUGUAUCGGAAAAACUAACGAUUUAAGGGGAACUCGUUUCUCGCCAACAUAAUACAUCAAAAGUUUACCUCCUAAACAUCAAGUAAAAAGAAACAGCUCGAAACAAAGUGUUUUUUGUUAGGGCGAUGUCGAUAAUUCACUCAAGUAUCGGCAUCUGCAGGCAUUUCAAAUUUCUUAGAUACUUCAGUCAGUGUAUAUCAAAACGCACACCUUUGUUGCAAUAUACCGUCCGCUUCGUACGGUGGUAAAGAUUGACCAGUAGCUCAGGCAGUAAGGCUUCUACGCAUUUUAUUUCUAUUUUGUUUUCAUUAUUGCUAUCUAAACUCAAGGGUAUAAAAUGUCCUUCAGCACCAACAAAGACGAACCUCAAGUUGGCUUUUCAUAACUUAAAUCAAGCAAAAAGGUGCAAUGGUGAAGAUUUGUAGAAUGCAUAGUAACACAAAAAAUAAUCGUUGAAUUUUGAAUCUUUUCCGAAUUUUAUUGUCUACUUCAUAGUUUAUUUAUUCUUUAAAUAUUGUUAUCGUUAUCAAACUUCCAUUUUAAAUACUUUUUGAAUUUAGUUUCAACGCAAUAGUAAAUUAAAACUAUUUUAAAUGCAAUCGAAAUUUAAAAUAUGCAACAUUAACACGAAAGAUUGACAACAAGCAGCUAUGAAAUUAUCUAGUCUUUAAACAAAGUUAGCCUGUUAAUGGAACGAGUCCCUGAACACGAUUCAAUAUUGCGCUGGCGAUUUUAAAUACCGUAAAAUGAACAUUCUUGCCACAUUAUACUAAAAGGAAAACACAGUUUUAAUCAAAACAUGGUCCUAACUGGGUUUAACUGCAGUUUUACACGCCGCAACGAGCAACUAAACCAUUUACAGCUCAAAAAGUUGUGGAGAUUCAAUAAAGAUCUAUGUUUAUAUGUUUAAUGUGGUAUCAAAAAUAGUUUCGCAUAGAAAAGCGACAACUAAUUCUCUCCAAUGUAAUCAGUGUCUUUCAUAAAGCCGUAAACUGUAGGCUUGAGUCUGUUUGUGAGAGAUGUGACUCAAGAAACAAGCUUGGGAAAAAACCUUUAUAAAAGAGCUCAGAUGUCAUUAACGGUAAGAUUUUGUUUGGAGCCAUAGUAAUGGAUUUCGCGAGAUGAGACUGGAUUUCAAGGACGAAUAAUCGAGACAUCAAACACAAUUUGUUGUUGUUCAUUGCAAUAUAGCAAAAUAACAUUGCUGAUGUGUGUCUCGUUUGGAACACUCGCAACGAGGAUUCGUGUAUUGAGCCUAAAGAUUUGCAGUAAAAAAACGUUUCGUAGAUUCUAAACCUGCAUUUCGGCAUUUAUUCUUUAAAACGCUCCAUCCUAACUUUUGUACCAUUGAUUCUUAUCAUACUUCAAGACUUUUUAUUCUCCGAUUCAUUUUGGCUUUUCCGCCACUUACAUAGUGCAAUGGAACAGGACUUCGCCUAAAUGUCUCCGCCUAAAAAUAUAGUUGUCAGUGCUGAAAACGCUGUGGGCCGUAAAACAAAAUUAUAAGGGAAAUUUAACGUGUCUAGAUAUAUGCAGAACUAUAUAAAUAAAUGAUUAAAAGUAGAAUAUGUUUGAUGUUCAUGAUGAAAGAACCUUUUAAUAUCCCAUCAACGAGGAUACUUCAAGCAUGAUGGAGAAGGUGACUGAAAAUCCUUGCAUAUUUGUGAAGAUUACCUUGCAUCAAAUAUUUUUGGUCUAGUUUUAAAAAUGUACAGAUCUGUCUUGACGAAUGAUCUUUUCAUCAAAUUGUCCAUAAGGAUGAAAAUUUUGUGUACGAUUGUAAAGUAUCUUCCAAAGCUAACUUAUUUCUCCUCUUGUUUAAUCAACACUACCCUUGACUGAUGCUAAUGCAUAAUUUAAAAUAACAGAGCUUCCUUUAUGUUUGAGCUCUGUUAUACAACUUCACCCAUGAUUUUUUAAAGUUUUUCACAACUGGUCACUUUAGUCAGUUAAAAUAC